AUGCGGUGCAGUGGCGGGCAGGGCGCGCCUUCUUCUCGGCUUUCGACUGAGUCUGAGGGCCCGACGAGACACGACACUGCCUCCAGCGGAGGAUUGGCAAAAUUACAUCUCCCAGCAGAGCCGCUGCUGGCAGCUGCGCGUGACGCCGUGGGUUCCGAGCCGGAAGCCUCGUCUUUGCCAGCGCGAGCGACGUCAAAUGUCGCGGACGAGACUCGCCGCCGACGUCACCGGAGCCAGCGUCAGAUCACGACGACGGCUCGCGGCGGCGGCGGCGGUUCGUCUUCUUCGCGGGUGCGCCGUUUCCGAAGCGUCGUGAGCCAGCGCGACGUCAUGGCCGAGCCGCGGGUGCUCGAAGCGACCGAGCGGACGGACUUCCAGCACGUCCGCGGCUCGGCUCGGCCCCGUCGGCCCGAGGGCGACCCGACCGAAGCGGCGGACGAGACGGGCCCGCGCUGGGUGCGCCUCAACGUGGGCGGGACCUACUUCGUCACCACCAGGCAGACCUUGUGCAGGGAGCCCAAGUCGUUCCUCUUCCGACUGUGCCAGGACCACCCCGACUUGGACUCUGACAAAGACGCCACCGGAGCCUUUCUGAUCGACCGGGAUCCCGCCUACUUCGGCCCCGUCCUCAACUACCUGCGCCACGGAAAGCUCAUUAUGGACAAGAACCUGGCCGAGGAAGGCGUCCUGGAAGAGGCAGAGUUCUACAACAUCGCCUCCCUGGUGCGGCUGGUCAAGGAGCGCAUAAGGGACAACGAGAACCGCACCUCGCAGGGUCCCGUCAAACACGUCUACCGCGUCCUGCAGUGCCAGGAGGAGGAGCUGACGCAGAUGGUCUCCACCAUGUCGGACGGAUGGAAGUUCGAACAGCUGAUCGGCAUCGGCUCCUCGUACAAUUACGGCAACGAGGACCAGGCGGAGUUUCUUUGCGUGGUGUCGCGGGAACUCAACAACGCCGCCAACGGCGUCGUCACCGAGUCCAGCCAGAAGGCCAAGAUCCUGCAGGAGCGAGGCUCGCGCAUGUGA